AUGCAGUUAUCAACCACCAACCUUGUAACCAGUUUCAUUCUGGGUCUAUCUGUCGUCCGCAAGGUCUUAGGUCUGUCCCCUUCACUGCACUGUGACUAUGACACAUUCGACACAACAGACGUUGUGAUUCUUGGAGGCGGUGCGGCGGGCACCUACGCAGCUGUCCAGCUUCAUCGGCAAAACAGGACCGUGGCUCUUAUUGAGAAGCAAGGAAGACUGGGAGGCCAGGUGAAUACAUUUCUGGAACAAGAACGUGGAAUAUCCGUCGAAUACGGUGUCAGCCAUUACAUGAAUGAGGAUGUGACAACCGAGCUGUUCGACUACCUUGGCAUCCCUUACUACCACGGCACUGUCCCGAAAGAAACAGUGACUCAUUUCGACUUCGAGACCGGGCGCCUUCUGGAGGAGCAACAUCAAAAUGAUACGGCCCAGGCGAUUCAGGUCUAUAAGCAGCACCUGGCCCAAUAUCCCUAUCUUGAGGACGGCUUCUCGCUUCCAGACCCAGUCCCAGAGGAUCUUGUGCUUCCUUUUGGCAGCUUCGCUACAAAAUAUGGAAUAGAGAAGGCAGUCGCAUCGCUUUCCGUUGGUAUGGGUAGCGUUCUAGAUAUACCCACAAUCUAUGUGAUGAAGCAUUACGGAUUGGGCGUUUUCAAAAAUGAUUUCCUUUUCACUUCCCACAAGAACAACCAGGAGAUCUACGACACGGCCGAGGCGGUCCUAGGUUCAAGUGUGCUCCUUUCCAGUCGGGCUCUUGCCAUACAACGGACUAGGGAGAAUAAUGUUGAAAUCUGCGUGAAAACACCGACAGGCACGCGCCUACUGCAUGCAAAAUAUCUAAUGAUUACUUUGCCACCUACACUAGAUAAUUUGCGAAGCACAGGAUUGGACCUGACCAGGGAGGAGACAGCUCUGUUCUCAGAACUCGCCCCAAUAGGCUUUUAUGUUGCUCUUGUCCGGAUUGCUGGGCUGCAAAGAGACAUUCUUCCACUCCAAAACGCAGCCGCAAAUGACACAACCUACAGGGUGGCACAGCUCCCUGGCAUCUGGGACAUCAAUCCUACCGCGAUACACGACCUAUUCAUUGUCGAGUAUGGAUCUGAUAUUGUAUUGCCCGAUGAUCUUGUGUAUGACCAGCUCCUGAAAGCCCUGGACCGGUUGCGGGAUGCCGGCUUUAUCACGGGCGAAGGACGACCGGAGCUUAUACGCUUUGCGAACCAUUCGCCCUUCUAUCCACAUGUUCAGGGAAAGGCCAUCCACGAAGGGUUUUACGGACGACUCAAUGGUUUACAGGGCAAAACAAAUACAUUCUGGGCAGGUUCCACCUUCCAUGUCCCAGAUUCGACCUCAAUUUGGCGUUCCACGAGAAAGAUUCUCGCAGACCUCACAGCAAAUUUGUCUACUUAG